AUGACUGUGUAAAGACUAUCCAUUGCUCUUAUAACUGUGUAAAGACUAUCCAUUGAUCUUAUAACUGUGUAAAGACUAUCCAUUGAUCUUAUAACUGUGUAAAGACUAUCCAUUGCUCUUAUGUGUGAUUGUGUUUUGAGCCUGUGAUAUAAUCUGUCUCCUGUGCUCUCUGUGUCUCUGUAACAGAAAUGUGCUAAGUGCAGUGAGGUGUUCCAGGACAACGAUACUAAGCACCACUGCCGUGCCUGCGGAGAGGGUUUCUGUGACGGCUGCUCCUCCAUGAACCGUCCUGUUCCAGAGAGGGGCUGGGGGCUCGCCCCCGUACGGGUCUGUGACGCCUGCUUCCAUAACCGGGGCAUCUCAGAAGGUAAGGACAUGUUGUAUAUCAAACAUGAUGUCUCAACAGUUAUCCUAUGAUGUCCCAAUAGGUCUUUAAAGAAUACUCUUUAGAUAAACCUGGAUGCCACAUGAACAUCGGGGCGGCAGGUAGCUUAGUGGUUAAGAGCGUUGUGCCAGUAACCGAAAGGUUGCUGGUUCUAAUCCCCGAGCCAACUAGGUGAAAAAACUGUCGAUGUGCCCUUGAGCAAGGCACUUAAUCCUAAUUGCUCCUGUAAAUCGCUCUGGAUAAGAGCGUCUGCUAAAUGAAAAAAAAAAAAAAAACAUCAGAAUUAGGCGGUAAAUCGUGUAACCAGGUUAACAGACAAUUUCCCUCUUUUCUUUUGAUUUCCUACUCUUAUUUUCUGGCUUACACAUAUCUUAUGAAUAAUAUGUUCAUCAUAAAUCAGUGGUUGUUUUCUACUUUUUCUCUGUGUGUGUGUGUGUUGUAGAGCUGCUGGAUGCAGCGUUGGAGGAGGAGGAGGGAGGGACACUCAGUAGGAGAGUAGGAGAGGCUGUUCAGAAUACACUAGGAGCUGUGGUCACCGCUACAUACAUCCCUCUGGGUGAGUACUGUACUCUAGACUACUCUGUGGUCACCGCUACAUACAUCCCUCUGGGUGAGUACUGUAGUCUAGACGACUCUGUGGUCACCGCUACAUACAUCCCUCUGGGUGAGUACUGUAGUCUAGACUACUCUGUUGUCACCGCUACAUACAUCCCUCUGGGUGAGUACUGUAGUCUAGACUACUCUGUUAUCACUGCUACAUACAUCCCUCUGGGUGAGUACUGCCUUAUUCUAAAAUUGAUUAAAUUGUUUUUUCCCCUCAUCAAUCUACACACAAUACCCCAUAAUGACAAAGCAAAAACAGGUGUUUAGAAAUAUUGUAUUAAAACAAAAAAACUGAUAUCACAUUUACAUAAGUAUUCAGAACCUUUACUCAGUACUUUGUUGAAGCACCUUUGGCAGCGAUUACAGCCUCAAGUCUUCUUGGGUAUGAUGCUACAAGCUUGGCACACCUGUAUUUGGGGAGUUUCUCCCAUUCUUCUCUACAGAUCCUCUCAAGCUAUGUCAGGUUGGAUGGGGAGCAUUGCUGCACAGCUAUUUUCAGGUCUCUCCAGAGAUGUUAGAUCGGGUUCAAGUCCGGGCUCUGGCUGGGCCACUCAAGGACAUUCAGAGACUUGUCCCGAAGCCACUCCUGCGUUUGUCUUGGCUGUGUGCUUAGGGUCGUUGUCCUGUUGGAAGGUGAACCUUCACCCCAGUCUGAGGUCCUGAGCGCUCUGGAGCAGGUUUUCAUCAAGGAUCUCUCUGUACUUUGCUCCAUUCAUCUUUCCCUCGAUCCUGACUAGUCUCCCAGUCCCAGGUACCCUUCCCCAGAUCUGUGCCUUGGAGCUCUACGGACAAUUCAUUCGACCUCAUGGCUUGGUUUUUGCUCUGACAUGCACUGUCAACUGUGGGACCAAAUAUAGACAGGUGUGUGCCUUUCCAAAACAUGUUAAAUCAAUUGAAUUUACCACAGGUGGACUCCAAUCAGGUUGUAGAAACAUCUCAAGGAUGAUCAAUAGAAACAGGAUGCACCUCAGCUCAAUUUCGAGUCUCAUAGCAAAGAGUCUGAAUACUAAUGUAAAUAAGAUAUUUGCAAAAAUGUCUAAAAACCUGUUUUUGCUUUGUCAUUAUGGGGUAUUUUCUGUAGAUUGAUGAAGAAGAAAAAUAAUUUAAUAAAUUUUAGAAAAAGGCUGUAACGUAACAAAAUGUGGAAAAAGUGGUCUGAAUACUUUCCGAAUUCACUGUAUAGCAAGCCACGGCCACGUGACUCACUGUCUGUAGGAGCGAAUCAUUUUCGUGAACGGGGUGGUGUACCUAAUAAACUGGCCACUGAGUGUCAAUAAGAGAUAUAAGGUUUAAAAUAUUUAAAAGGCUUAUAGGUGCAAUAUGCAGAAAUCACUCAGCCAUUUCCUGGUUGCUAAAAUUCUAAUAGUUUGCAUAAGUUCAGUGUAUGUGACAAAACAAGCAGUCAUUGUGUAGAAAAUCAUUGUACCAUCUAAAAAUAUAUUUUCCAUAACCCAAAAGAUUGUAUUUUCAGAGGUUUGAAGCUGGUGUAGAAAACCAAAAGUAAAAGACGCAAAAAACGAAACUUAAGAACGUGAAGCAUAGAAAUAGCGCACAUAGAACAGAUCUACCGCUUCUUAGACUUGGUUUCAAUGAAAAUGACAGAUCUAUAACUCACAUUUCUAUGUGAAUUUGGUCGGGUCACCCAAAAAGUUCCAUAUUGCAGCUUUAAUAGAGGCUUACGACAGAGAACUGUGAUGGAUGGGUCACUUUGACAUAGCCAUGUCCUCCCAAAACUGACGUGUCUGCCUGCGUCGUCUCAUUUUUUACAUUAUUUUACAUUUUUAGUCAUUUAGCAGACGCUCUUACCCAGAGCCACGUACAGUUAGUGAGUGCAUACAUUUUUCAUAGCGGCCCUCCCGUGGGAAACGAACCCACAACCCUGGCGUUGCAAGCGCCAUGCUCUACCAACUGAGCUACACGGGGCCAGUAUGAAAACGCCUCUCCCCUUCUCUCAUCCUCUCCGCUCCCCCUCUCUGGUCCUCUCCGCUCCCCCUCUCUCGUCCUCUCCGCUCCCCCUCUCUGGUCCUCUCCGCUCCCCCUCUCUCGUCCUCUCCGCUCCCCCUCUCUGGUCCUCUCCGCUCCCCCUCUCUGGUCCUCUCCGCUCCCCCUCUCUGGUCCUCUCCGCUCCCCCUCUCUGGUCCUCUCCGCUCCCCCUCUCUGGUCCUCCCCGCUCCCCCUCUCUGGUCCUCUCCGCUCCCCCUCUCUCGUCCUCUCCCCUCCCCCUCUCGUGCUCUCCUCCCUCCCCUCUCUGGUCCUCUCCGCUCCCCUCUCUGGUCCUCUCCCCUCCCCCUCUCUGGUCCUCUCCGCUCCCCCUCUCUGGUCUCUCCGCUCCCCUUCUCUCUGGUCCUCUCCGCUCUCCCUCUCUGGUCCUCUCCGCUCCCCCUCUCUGGUCCUCUCCGCUCUCCCUCUCUGGUCCUCUCCGCUCCCCCUCUUCUGGUCCUCUCCGCUCCCCCCUCUCUGGUCCUUCCCCGCUCCCCCUCUCUGGUCCUCUCCCCUCCCCGGUCCUCUCCCCUCCCCCUCUCUGGUCCUCUCCCUCCCCCUCUCUGGUCUCUCCCCUCCCCCUCUCUGGUCCUCUCCGCUCCCCCUCUCUGGUCCUCUCCGCUCCCCCUCUCUGGUCCUCUCCGCUCCCCCUCUCUGGUCCUCUUCCGCUCCCCUCUCUGGUCCUCUCCGCUCUCCCUCUUGGUCCUCUCCGCUCCCCCUCUCUGGUCCUCUCCGCUCCCCCCUCUCUGGUCCUUCCCCGCUCCCCCUCUCUGGUCCUCUCCCCUCCCCCUCUCUGGUCCUCUCCCCUCCCCCUCUCUGGUCCUCUCCCCUCCCCCUCUCUGGUCCUCUCCCCUCCCCCUCUCUGGUCCUCUCCGCUCCCCCUCUCUCGUCCUCUCUGCUCCCUCUCUCCGGUCCUCUCCGCUCCCCUUCUCUCCAGGCCUGGUGAAGGAUGCAGCUCGUCCAGCCUACUGGGUUCCUGACCAGGACAUCCGGUGCUGCUGUGAGUGUCAGAGAGACUUCUCCGCCCCGCGUCUCUCCAUCCACCACUGCAGGGCCUGCGGCCAGGGCGUGUGUGACGACUGCUCCCCUGAACGCAGAGCGGUGCCCUCUAGGGGUUGGGACCACCCGGUGCGCGUCUGCAACACCUGCCACCAGAAACCUGGGGACCUCUAGUAGGAGACAGGAGAGUGAGGGAACACAUUGGCACCCUAUUCCCCAUAGGGCCCUGGUCAAAAGUAGUGCACUAUAUAGGGAAUAGGGUGCCAUUUGGGAUGCGACCAGAGACAGUCAAGGGUUGUGUUCAGUAGGCUCGAAAUGGAAGAAAAUUCUCCAAAACAGGGAGGGACUCUCUGUAAUUGUCCAAUAAGAAAGUCGAUUUUGUUUUCCGCUUUGAAACGUUUUUUUUUUGCUACGGUGUGCCCUAAUGAACACGGUUCUACCUAACACUGCGGAACUGGAACACUCCCCUCUCUGUGGCUCAGGGCCAGUUUUUAAGGGAGUUCUUGUUAUUGAUUGUGAUGUCAUCAGUCUUAAGGCUUGGACGUCAUGUCGGAUCGGAUGUCCUCACUUUAUCCUUUGACGAGAGCGAGAGAUAUAUAUGUUCCAUGGCUCGAAGAAGAGGAAUCGCAGCACAGGUUCAUUCCAUGUUUUAAAGAUGAUUAGCCUAAAUAACUACCAACCUGUAUAAUAAUCUUGGACGCUAAGUGGUUGUAUAUGUGCUUUUAAGCGGGCGGACAGACACUAAUAGACUAGCCUUAACAAUUCACUCCUAAUCGACUGUAUUUAUUUUAUAUAUAUAUAUAUAUAUAUAUAUGGGAAGUUUACUAUAGUGGGGGAAAUAAGUGAUUUGUUUUGUAUAACAUGGCCUGUUUUUGUUUUUAAACAGUCUACAAUAGGACUAUCUCAAGCCACGUUUAUACCUGGUGCUAACAUGGGUCCUUUGUCAUGAUCUUGACCACAUUCUGAUUGUGUCCACAUUUCUAGAAAUGUGUAACAUUGUGACCAAAUUUCCUGGUCCCUUCCUUUUUAUGCAAAUUAUUUCACAGCUAUUCUUUCUAUAUAAUAUUUAUUUAUUGUAAGACACAUAUUGAUGUAAUCAGUCAAUGGUGCCACCUGUCAAUGAUGUUAAAGGGUAGAAUAAUGAUGAUUGAAAUGGUGUCUCUGUCCAGAUCUGCCUACACUUGUGAGAUAUCCAGACACAAUGUGUCUUGACUACCUCCGGAGGUGGGCAGGAUGAUCUGAUCACAAUGUAUUUUUUUGAUUGUCUACACCCCGUCUAAAAAUGUGGUCACAAUCAGAAUGUGGACAAGUUCAGGACAAAUGAUGCAAGUUAGAACCAAGUAUAAAUGGGGCUAUUGAGUGACAGACUGACUGUAAAAUAGAUUGCUAAGUGGGAACCAUAGAAUUAGAAUGAUCAGAAUUACAACCAUUCUAGUGCUAUGGUGGGAGUUGCUUUCAAAUAGUGAAUGGCUCACAGUGCAUAAUAGCUAGUAUGAAAGGAUAUCAACACUAUUUGGGGCUGGACCCUGAAACAUUAUACAUUCAGUUCAUAGUAUAUACUAUCACAUAUAAACCAUUACACCAUCACCCGAGGCUGUGGAGUAGCUAGCUGCAAUUAUCUAGCAUGGUCCCAGACCCGUUUGUGCUGUCUUGCCGACUCCUAUAUGGACAAUGACAAUAGGAGUCGGCAAAACGGCACAAACAGAUUUAGGACCCAGGCUGAAAAGUAUGGAGUAGGCGCAGAGUAACUGACUGGAACCGUGGAAUCAGCUUGUAGACAAACUGGAACAGUUUUAAGUUCUAGAAUCUUGAACAGGGAUCAUGAUUCAUCUCGUAUAGAACAGUGCUUAAGGAAACCAGGAGAGAAUACUGAAGAUCAAUACCAUUACUAUGUUUACUGUAACAUGUAUGCUUAUUUAAUAAACUUCACAACCUCAAAGUGUGUGGUCAUAGAACAAGCAGACCCUCAGUGUGUGUGUGUGUGUGUGUGUGUGUGAUCAUAGAAAAAGCAGAUUGGUUAUGUGGAGGUCUGCUGACAAUCCAUCCCUUUAACCAUGGCAUUUCUUUAUAAUUCCAAGACACCAAUUCAAUCACCAUGGAUAAAAUACAUUGUUUGAAUUAUAUAAACGUUACAUCAUUUAUCAAAUCUGUUUCGGAUGAAUCAUUAUUAUAAAGACAAAAAAAAGACACUUCUCAAAAAGAAACUCACUGGCCAGUUCAUGAAUUGCAGUUUCUGUGGACAUAAUUCAGGGUUCACUGGCAGAGACUAGACAAAUAGAGUAGUUGACAGCAAAGAGUCCUGGAUCCAUGUUCCAGCAGUCCAUCUUCGCAGGUCUACGGUCAGACCCAACUCUCCACUUGAAGCUCCAAGCUGGUAACUUUAGGCAGUAAGAGUCUCCUUUAUUCCAGAUACUUUGCAAAGAAAGGUUUUCCCUGUCCAUUUUCCUUCUCCUCUUCCAAUUCUUUCAGACCGAUGGUCAACAGGAACAGAAGAGUAGUGAGGCCUUUUAA